CGGCGGGAGGCGGGGGUUCCGACGGCCCACGGGAGCCAGCGGGGUGGAACAUCGAGCCCUGAACUCGGUGGUUCCCGGCUCGGAGCUCUAGCCCUUGCAGUUUCCUGCAGCCUCGGGCGUUCUUCCUUCUUACCCCUCCCCUGGGCUCUACCUUCUCAGGGCUCCUUUCACAUCAAUUAGGUCUCAGCUCGGACGUCCCCUCCCCGACCAGGAGAUGUAAAGUGGCCUACCCUCAGGUCAUGCCAUGAGCUGAAAUCAAGAGUGGAAGACAACCUGCUGAGCCCCCUGGUGCUCCAACGUGACCUAUGUUUUAAAGGAAUACUCUGGCUUCUGUGGAGAGAACAAAUGCAGGUGGAAGGCGGCCGGUGAUGAGGCUGCUGCAACCAAUAAUCCAGAGACAGAGAGAGAGAGAGAGACAGAGACACAGGCAGAGGGAGAACCAGGCUCCAUGCAGGGAGCCCGACGCGGGAUUCGACCGGGUCUCCAUGAUCAGGCCCUGGGUCGAAGGCAGGCGCCAAACCGCUGAGCCACCCAGGGAUCCCGAGAGGUGGGUUUUGAAGGUAGCGACCACAGGGUUUGCCCAAAGACUGGAUGUGGAGAGUGAGGGAAAGGGGUGGGGAGCAAAGAGGACUCCAAGGUUCUGGCUCCAGCACAGGGAAGGAGAGUUGUCAUUGCCUGCGAAACGGAAGGUCGCAUGUGUUCAGUUUGGGGCCAGUUAUGCUUGAGAUGCCCAGUGACCGACCAUUCGAGUGACGGUGCCGAGAACGAAGUGUGUGGCACCUACCUAGUAGUUGCACAAUAAAUAUGUCAUGAAUGAAAGAGGAGGAAUCUGCAGAAUGCCUGGCUGGGCCAGUCCACCCAGCGGCGGCCCGCAGCAUCAAGGUAGGUAGGGGAGGAGAGUCUCCUGGCUUUGCAAAACCAGCGUGCCUCACACCUGGUUUGCUCUCGCCCAGCCAUCCUUCUCGUAAAGCCUAUUCACGUUCGACUGGCGUUUUUGAGUGGCUUACUUUGGGUCGUGCUUCGUGGCAUUUCCUCACUUCCUUUGAACAAAGCAGAUAUCCACGCCACACCAUUUAUUAAGCGUCUACAUUGUGCCGGGCUCGAUGCUCGCCUUCAGGGAUCCCGCAGAGCUUCCAAAGUUCAACAUAUAAAGCUGGUAAAAGCAGAGCAGAUCUGGUCAGGUCCUGAGACGCCGAGUCCAGAGCAAUGUUGCUGAAGACAGUGGUCUUGCUGGCCCUGGUGGCCCAGGUGCUGGUGCUAGAGAACGGGCUCCUGCGGAAGCCACCUAUGGGCUGGCUGGCUUGGGAACGCUUUCGCUGCAACACUGACUGUGAUGAGGACCCGAAGAACUGCAUCAGUGAGCGGCUCUUCUUGGAGAUGGCCGACCACCUGGCACAGGAUGGAUGGCGGGACCUAGGCUACACAUACCUUAACAUCGACGACUGCUGGAUUGGUGGGCGUGACGCUAAAGGCCACCUGAUACCUGACCCAAAGCGCUUCCCCAACGGCAUUGCCUUCCUGGCUGACUAUGCUCACUCCCUGGGUCUGAAGCUGGGCAUCUACGAGGACAUGGGCAACUUCACUUGCAUGGGCUACCCAGGCACCACGCUAGACAAGGUGAUUCAGGAUGCUCAAACCUUUGCCGAGUGGAAGGUGGACAUGCUGAAGUUGGAUGGCUGCUUUUCGACCCCCGAGGAGCGGGCCAAGGGGUACCCCAUGAUGGCAGCUGCCCUGAAUGCCACAGGCCGCCCCAUUGCCUUCUCCUGCAGUUGGCCAGCCUAUGAAGGGGGACUUCCUCCAAAGGUGAACUACACUCUGCUGACAGAAAUCUGCAACGUCUGGCGCAACUAUGACGACAUCCAGGACUCCUGGAGUAGUGUGCUCUCCAUCCUGGACUGGUUUGUGGACAACCAGGACAUACUGCAGCCGGUGGCAGGCCCCGGGCACUGGAAUGACCCAGACAUGCUGCUCAUAGGGAACUUUGGCCUCAGUUUUGAGCAAGCCCGGGCCCAGAUGGCCCUAUGGACGGUGCUAGCAGCCCCCCUCUUCAUGUCCACGGACCUGCGUACCAUCUCUGCCCAGAACAUGGACAUUCUGCAGAAUCCACUCAUGAUUAAAAUCAACCAGGAUCCCUUGGGCAUCCAGGGACGCAGGAUUCUCAAGGAAAAAUUCCACAUUGAAGUGUUCAUGCGGCCCCUGGCCAGUGAGGCCAGCGCCUUAGUCUUCUUCAGCCGCCGGACGGAUAUACCAUAUCACUACCACUCAUCCCUCGCCCAGCUGAACUUCAACAGCUCCGACACGUAUGAGGCCCAGAACGUCUACACAGGUGAUGUCAUCAGUGGUCUCCACUCUACAACCAACUUCACAGUGACCAUCAACCCCUCAGGGGUAGUGAUGUGGUACCUGUAUCCCAUCAGGAAGCUGGGGACGCCCCAGCACUAAGGAGCUGAGACACGUGACAGGCUGUGGCGGCAUCACUGAGCCUAGACUAUGGAGCCUCCACCUGCCGAGGGCCAGCAGGCGGGGUUCUUUGCUACCCAGGCCCACUUGGUGAUUUGGCCCCAUCAGACCCAAAGUGCAAUCCCAGGGCCAGGUCCCAUGCCCUGCCCAAGUGUGAACCUUCUUGGAGACUUGACUUGGGGCAAUGUCCCGUGGCCUUCCUAGCCUCUACCUUGUCUGCACAGCCCCACAGAUGUUACUGAGCAGCUCAGCCAGCCUCCUGAGCCCCCACAAGCAGGGGGACCGAUACCCUCUGACUCUGUUUACUCGGAAAUCAGGAUUUGGAAUUUUUCUUACGAUUAGGAGUGGAGAUCUGAUCUCUUGUCAGGAGCUCCCGUGAAUUGUGUGAUUGGUUUUCCUGCCUGGAGAAGGCCUUGCCAGUUGAUGCCACCCAGGUUAACCUUGGUUCCUUCAGGUUACCAAUAAAGCUGUUCUUUAAUCGAGUGGUUGCGAGAUGGACCUGGGCCGUGUUCACCUUCAGUUAGGGACUCUGGGUGGCAGUACAUAGGGUGCUGGUUUUGAAUCUCGAAGGAAGGUAUGUGGCAUCUUCUGGUUCAUUUUCCACCAUGACCUGCAGCCUCUACUUCUAGACACGCCAGACUUGCCUCUCACCAGGGAGCCAUCCUGCUCUGCCCAACGCAGCGGUGGUGACAGCACAGUGAAGCAGAGUGGCAGGUUCCCUGGCCUUCUGUCUUGUGCACCCUUCCCCCACCCCCUUCAGACUCACUCCUCAGCCCUCCUGCUGCAAGGAGGUCCUGAUCUGCUAAGGAUUUUGCAUUAUUGUCUUCGGCACCUUUCAGCUCAUGUCCCCCUUCCUGACAGCUUCAUUCAGUGGCACUCGAGCUGGGUGCCAGUGAAGGGCUCGGCUAGCCCUUCUUUCUCCCUUUGGGCCACUGUAGCUUGUAGUGCCUGGCCCCUCCCUUAGUUUUUUUUUUUUUUUUUUUCCAAACCUGGCUUCAAAUUCCCCAGCUGUGUCCAAAGACAAGUCAAGGGGUUGUGUCUUAAAAUAUAUUUUUUGCUUGUCCUCCUUGGGAAAGUAAAAGGAUGGCAAGUUCUUGACUGCCUUCUUUUGGUUCCUAUUUCCCAAGCUCUAUUCAUUCAGCUGAGGCCACAGGAUACCUGUCGCCCCCAGUGGCUCUUGUCCCCAUUUGGAAAGCUGGAAGCGGUACAGGCUAAGUAGGUUUUCCUUGGGCUUUGAAUGUGGAGCAUGUGGUACCCCAAGCCUUGCACUAUCUUAGCCCUGUGGGAACUCUUCUGGCUAGAUCUCCCAUGCUCCCUCCCUCAGGGUUUGAGUUCCUUUAUAGGAAUAUGGUGUAAAGAACUUACAAGUGCAUGUCUUACAGUGUCAUUUAAGAUUACUGGGGCUUUACUGAUUGAGUCUGGAGUCAUCAAAGAGAGAUCUUUUAAAACCCCAGGUGAUGUCUUAAGGCUGUGGGUCAUUUGGAAGGUCAGAAGCCUGCCUCAUCCCUUGGAGGCCUCUGCCCUUGGAGGCUUGUCACCCCAUGCAUAGCUCCAGCUUCAGAUCCUGAUCAUAGUGCGAUUCAAGCCAAAUGGAAUGGCCUCAGGUGGGUACACUUCUUUGGCCAGUCCCAAGAAAGAAGUCUUUCCCAUCACCCUGGCAUGUGGCAGGGAUAGUGGUUGAGACCAUGGACUUGGGAGUCAGGGUUAGGGAGCGGCCUGGACUUGACUAGUCAGUUCAUUUGCCUUACAGACUAAGACAUGGUUAUAUGUCUUCACUUGUGGUAUAACUCGUCCUUUUAUCCUGGGGAUGCCAGAUAGAUUGAUUCUCUCUCUCUUCAGCCAUCAUACUCUCAAUAUCACACCCUGCCUAUCUUUCAGGCAUUGUUUUAUUCCCUUCUACCCAAGGCCACUUAGGAGCUCAAUUAUUUUUUCCCAGUUCAAGGCAUCCUUGUUUGGACCCAAGGGUAUACCUCAUUUUUAAAAAUACAUUUUAUUAUAGAAAUUUUCAAACACAAAAAUAAAAUGGUGUAGUGAACCUCCAUGUACCCACUACCCAGUUCCAACAACCAUCAACAUGUGCCAGUAUUUCAUAGCUGUCUUCCCACACAUGCUUUAUUUGUGAGCUGGGAGUAUUUGAAAGCAAAUCAAAGAAAACUGUAAAUACCACUAUAUAGAUCUAAUAGAUUUUUUAAAAUAUAUGUGACCUUAAUGCAAUUUUCCUGGCCAACAAAAUAAAGUUUUUAUAAAUCUAA